AUGGAUGAUCUUACGGGACAAGAAAUUCAAUACAAAUUAAAAUCCAAAGCUUUUGAAUUAGUUAAAAACGAAAAAGGUAACAAUGUAAUAUGGAAAAGCGAUGCGUCUUUAAUUGAGAAAACGAAUGAAUAUGAUGCAACUCAUUUACUGGAAGGAUGGGCAGCAUGUAAUCAUUGUUAUAUGGCUUAUAGAACACAUUCUAAAAAGAAUGCUGAUGGUAAGCGAAAAAAUGUUGGAUUAAAUGGUAUACAUGAUCAUUUAAAAAAUCGUAAAUGGAAACCAAAAAUGAAUUCAACUAAUAAUCAAGGAGAAAAGGUUCAAACAACAACAUCUGUUGUUCAACCCAAAUUCGCUUUCCACAAAAAUACAUUAUCAGAAAAAUAUAAAUUAAAACUUAAAUGCGCUGAGCUAAAAUUUAUUGUUGCUGGUUGA